AUGCAAGAGGAACGAGAGAAUGAAAAAGAAACCGGAAAGGAAGAAGCGCAGAAGCGACCCUCUCAGAAAGGAAAAGAGAUUAUGCAAGAGCCACCACCUAUACCGAAAGCAAAACUUCCAUUUUCGCUGAAAUUUUGCACUGACAUCGACAAUGCAAAGUACGACAACUUUUUACAAAUGCUACGCCAGCUGCAUAUUGACAUGCCGUUUAUUGACGCCCUAGGAGAAAUGCCAAGGUAUGCUAAAUUCCUUAAAGAUCUUUUAUCUAACAAGAAAAAGUUAGUCGAAUCGGCUAUGGUAGUACUAGGAGAAGAAUGCUCCGCUAUAUUACACAAGAGUGUACCCCGAAAGUUAAAAGAUCCGAGAAGCUUCACCAUUCCGUGUAAUAUAGGAAGAACAUCUAUCAACAGAGCCUUAGCUGACUUAGAAGCUAGUAUUAAUUUGAUGCCCUUUGUGUUAUACCGAAAAUUGAACCUUGGAACUCUUAAAUCGACACGCAUGUGCAUUCAGCUAGCGGAUAAAUCUACCAAAUACCCUAGAGGUAUUGUGGAAGACGUGUUGGUUAGAGGUAUUUAA